AACUGUAAACUGCCAUGACAGCGGCCACCACCAACAUAUGGUUAUUUCUACCACAGGAUUGGUUGGAGAAGCUGCCUAGUCGCAAGUUUCUAACUCCGGAACAGGAGUCACGGGUACGCUUGGGAAUUGCUGAUUUCAUUAUCAGGCUCGGUGCUGCCCUCAAACUUGAUUCCUAUACCAUAUUUGCGGCAACCUUAUAUGUUCACCGUUUCUACAUGCGUGUGCCCAUCACGUCACUGAAGUACUACGUGGCGCUGGCAGCAGUAGCAAUAUCGUGUAAGCUCCAUGAUACCUACCGCCAACCGGAUAAAAUAGCAUUGGCUGGUUGUAAUAUACGCAGUGCGGCCCGUACGGUGACGGAGACUAGUGAUGUGUUUUGGCAAUGGCGGGACCAAUUACUAUACAGAGAAGAAUUACUACUCCGAUUCUUGAAUUUUGAGCUUAAUAUUGACUUCCCAUACAAGUUGCAAAACCGGCUUGUUGAGGUGUCUGAGGAUACUGAAGGUGAUUUCGGUGAAAAAGGGGAAGAAAUCGUCAAAAAAGCUGUUCUGAUGCUCGAACUUGUAUCUGCCCUCCCGAUACUAAUUUUCUACAACGUCGAGGUAGUGUUAGCGACGAUGCUUGUGUACCAGGUGAUGGUGCUGAAGGAUAAAUAUGGUAUUAAGCGCGUUCCGUCUGGCCUUAUAUCUAAGGUAACAGCUGUGGAUGUGAACGAAUGCUUCCAGUGUUAUAAGUGGACGCGAUUGGCUCUUCUGCAUUGUAAUGACCCCAAGGACCGCUUAUGCACGCCAUUUUUGGCGUUGGCCAAGUCAUUCAAGCUGUUGACAUUGGAGGAGUUUGCAGCUGUCGCCAACUUUUAG